AUGGAAUUUGCUCCAGUGUCCACCACCUGUUUGGACACGAAGGCCAUCUUCCUGGAUGGAGGUCCUUCCGAGCAAAGUGAAGACCCCAGCAAGUUGGAACCCCAACCGGACCAACUUCCCACGAGUUCUUCUGAGGAACAACUUGAGCCUGUUCCGAACAGUACAAGAAAAAAUACAUCAGGUAUUCGACGCCAAGAGAAGCCACCCUACUCUUACAUCGCACUGAUCGUCAUGGCCAUUCAAAGUUCACCCACUAAGAGACUCACAUUAAACGAAAUAUACCAGUACCUGCAGAACCGUUUCCAAUUUUUCCGAGGACAGUACCAGGGCUGGAAGAAUUCCGUUCGACACAACCUAUCAUUGAAUGAUUGUUUCAUUAAGCUGCCCAAAGGUCUGGGACGACCGGGCAAAGGACAUUACUGGACAAUCGAUCCGGCCAGCGAAUAUAUGUUUGAAGAGGGAUCGUUCAGGAGAAGACCGAGGGGAUUUCGAAGAAGAUAUCAAGCUUUGAAACCUUACGCGCAAUUUUAUCAUUCAAGUACUGUAAAUAACUAUUUAGGCUAUGAUGCCAUCCCUAUGCCAAGUUCCGCAAGCGGUGACGGAAACUGCUGGAUUCCUAAUCCCAGUAAUUACAUCAAUGUGCCACAACAGUCUUUUUACCCUCAAGAUUCUGUGGGGGUUAAUAACUGUCCGCCAAAUUCCAUUCUACCUCACUGGCCACAAACAGAACAUUUGUUUGGUGAAGCUAACAAUAUGCCAACUACAACAGUAACCCCAAAGCAAACAGGCCCUCCUCCAACUUACAACGCAAAUCUUGUUAGUACAUUAGCAAGCGAUCUGGAAUACAUUUCCCUAUCAACUGAUCAACAACAACAAGAUGGUGACGUUGCGCAAGUUAUGAACUAUCAUCCACGAUCUGCGAACUCCAGCUUUGAACAGCAGAUAAUGGAUCAGGUCACCAGAGGAGGCUGGAACGGCCAAUAUGGAGGUUGUCCAACGGAUUCCAGAGGGCCAUCAUGUUCCAUUGAAAAUGACCAGUGCCGAUCAUCUCAGCACCAGGAAUCCACUAGUCCUCAAGCAUCGCCUCGAAACGAUUCUCAAGGCCCGCUGCAAAAUGUGGCAACUCAAUACUCGCCUUGCCCUUGGUUAAUGGGUCGAUGGACAUGUUUUUGA